GUGGUUUUAUUCUCAAGUGGUUGUCAGUUUCUACUGGUUAUCCCUGAUAAAUUAUCCGAGAUAUCCGGCGAAACAACGAUCGAUAAGAUAGAGUCUCAUGUCCGAUACGACAGCGAAAAGGAUUCAGCUCACGUCGUCAAAAGCGGCCCCAAACUGGUAACGACCACUCACAACCCCGGAAGAAUGUCGCUGCGGGAAUUGCGGCGGCUGUGGGGUCAAAGGAAGCAAAGUUGCGUCCCUUGCGACCCCGGAGGGGGCCAAGAACAAUCUCAAGAACCUAAGCCGUCUCUGCCUCUUCUGCAGGUCUGGCCUUCUCAAGAUUCUCCCCAGGGUGACGCGGACGGGCAGUAUUUUCUCUUCCCUCAACCCGACGACCCGUCUUCUUCGUCGUCGGCCCACCACGACUCCGGCAUCGAUUCCGUUCAGGCGAGCCCAUGCGGCGUUACCACUUCACCUGGCCUGACGGUAACCUCGCCUUCUGCGCUGCUCCAUCCUAAUCACGCCCGCCUUCUGCGGAGGCCUUCAUCGCCCGAGCAGAGCACGUCGGUCGACGAACCCGACGUUGGGCCCGCGUCCGCAUCCUCUUCUACGGCAUCGUCCCUCACUUCAGUCGCCGCCGCAGCAGCUGCCGUUUCCGCAGUAUCGAGGGACAACUGGGAAAGAGACAGAAGGCGCAGUUCCACGAUGACCGCCAGGUAUUCUCUGUUGGACGCUCUGGAUUUGGAAUAUGCCCUUCUACGAGCAGCAGCAAGGGGUUCAGUGGGCCCGUACUCGCUUUCGGAAUCCAUCCACAAGCUGACUUUUACCCAGUCCCUGGCGUUUCCCGGCUUGGCGCGUGGUCUCGCCGGCAAAAGAAGACGGUCAUUCUACGCGAGAUCGGCACCGGCGGAAUCCGGAGAGACCGGGCUCAACGCCUUCGCCAAGAUCGUCACCGCACUCGUUCUCAUGCUCGUCUCAGUCAUGGUCUUCGGCGUCGUAUACAAGUUCGUCAAAACGUGAGGUUUGCUCCUGUCCCUCCAGCAGGGACAACCCGCCAUCCAGCCAAAUCAGCCAAACCAGCCUAUUGUUCACUAUGGUAAGAGUUAGUAAGAUCUAUCGUUAAAUGGAAUUUAAAACGCUUAAUUUAAGCGCUUCCAUUGUAAAAUCAAAGAUUCGAGACAAAAACAGGGUGUUUUUCAUAACACGAGUGAAAAGAUUCUUGUUCGUAUAUCAGUCACCAUCUCUGAUCUGAAUUUUCUCAUAUUUUGUUGUUUCGUUUUAAAUUUCAGUUUUGAGUAAAGCACAUCAGUGAAAAAACUAUGUGAUAUAACUUGUGCUUGUUGAAUAAUAAUAAUAAUAAUAAUAAACAUAAUUGUAAAUGAACAGGAAAUUAUCUAAGAGAAACUUAUUGCUCAAUAUUUAUGCCGCUUCAUAGAAAAUGUUCGAGUGUGUAUACGUGUAUAAUAAGUGUAUAUACCAAAUUCCAAAAAUUGAGUUUUGAUCAAUUUUUUGUAUACAUUAAUAUAUUGGCGGAUUUGACCUGACAUGGGGAGAAUUGAGCUAUGUAGCUUGUGCGUUUUGGUUUAUAUUUUAUGUUUUAAUAAUAUAUUAUAAUUUUCUGAUUUUUGCAUUUAAACCGUUCGCCUGAUAACGAGACAUACCCCGUAAGUAAAAGCAACAAAUAGCGAGAAAAUGCUGAUCAGAAGACUAAUGAAACUCAUAAAUCGGAAUUUUUUGUACGAUUUUUGUUUUUCAUUAUAAAGAAUCAAUUCUAAAUCUAAAUAUGAAAUCCAGUCUUUCUUUCUUAUUAAAGAAUUCGUUUCUUUGGUGCGUUCAGAAAACAUUUUGACCGAUAGGGAAAAGUGUUGUAUUAAUUCUAACCUCAUUAUUUAAAAUUUAACUUGAAAUAUUUUGUAACUUGGCAAAAAAUUCGCGACCAAAAGUUGUUACCUAUAUUUAUCAAAUCCAUUUUUUUUCAUCAGCUUGUAUUGAUGGCAUCCAUAUCAUUUAUAAUUAUGAAUACCGUUGAUUCGCCUGAUCAUCUGGAAGGAAAGGUAGAAACGGUGGAAAAUUGAGCUAAACUGUGCCAUGUUUAAUAUCGAACUCACAAAAUUCCGUACAAGGUACUGACAGUGCAUUUAUGACUAAUUUAUCAAUGACUGCUCAUUGCAUACGUAAUUUCAUUUUGGUGGACUCUCAUUAAUGUUAAAAAAAUGUACAAAAUAAAUAUACAGAAGACAGUAUUGAUUGCAGAAUUAAGCUUUCAAAAACAUAUCUUUUAUAUUCCAUAAUUUAAAAAAAAGAAACGUAUAUCAAUAUUUAGAUGUGAAUAUUACAUUGUGGUAUCAUGUAAGUGAGUGGAAUUUUUGCCGUUGUAAGUAAAAUGAUGAUAAGCCUUUUAUGCUGAAUAUUGUCUUUCAAAACUUAUAUAAUAAAUGUACUAUUUUGUAAACUAUUUCUUGGUGUAAAUAAAAGA